CUGUAUGUGGAGCAGUGUACAGUGAAGCGGAGGCAGAGCGGCUCCGCGAGCUCCUCUCCACUUUCCCAUACAGAACCCCUGACUGGCCGCUGAGGGCGAGCCACACACACGCCCUCGCGCCCGGCGAGCCCGCGAGGUCACUAUCAUAUGACAGAGGCUUUGCCGCAGUUCUUCCCUGUGUACUUUCAUUUGCCUUCCUAGGAGUGGCAGUUGGUGGGAUAUUCGGCAGGAAAUCCAUUACCGUGUUUGUCAUCUGUGGUACUUUCCUGGUUGAGUUUGAGUCUUGCCCAGUAGGUUGUGAUGCUGCGUUAAGUAGCUGAAACCACAGUUGUGCUGGGUCUUUCAUUCAGAAUCCUGCUGCAUCACAGAAGCUGGAAGUUCUGAUGUUCCAUUGAAAUCACAAUGGAAAGUCUUGACUUGACCGACCCGAGACAGCUCUGAAGCUUUGCAGUCUUAGUUGGACCCAGGAGAAGCCUUUCUUGAGGUCACAGUAAUGAAAGGCAGUAAUAGAAAUAAAGAUCAUUCAGCAGAAGGGGAAGAGCCUGGGAAACGACCAAGACGCAAGUGUCUUCAGUGGCAUCCGUUGCUAGCAAAGAAACUGCUUGACUUUUCAGAAGAGGAAGAAGAGGAAGACGAAGAGGAGGAUAUUGAUAAGGUUCAACUUCUUGGGGCCGAUGGCAUAGAGCAAGAUGUUGGUGAAACUGAAGAUGAUGAAUCACCAGAACAGCGAGCCCGGAGACCAAUGAAUGCAUUUCUCUUAUUUUGCAAACGUCAUCGUUCCCUUGUACGUCAGGAACACCCCAGGCUUGAUAACCGAGGUGCUACAAAAAUACUAGCUGAUUGGUGGGCUGUUCUGGAUCCAAAGGAAAAGCAGAAAUACACAGACAUGGCCAAGGAGUAUAAAGAUGCAUUUAUGAAAGCAAAUCCUGGCUACAAAUGGUGUCCUACCACAAACAAGCCUGUGAAGUCUCCAACACCCACUGUCAAUCCACGAAAGAAACUAUGGGCCUUCCCAUCAGACUCUUCAAGAGACUUACCAAGCCCCAAGAAAGCAAAGACUGAAGAAAUGCCUCAGCUUAACUUUGGAAUGGCCGAUCCUACUCAAAUGGGAGGCCUGAGCAUGCUGCUUUUAGCUGGAGAACAUGCUCUUGGCACACCAGAGCUAUCCUCUGGCACUUGCAGGCCUGAUGUUUCAGAAUCCUCUGAAAUGCGUCAGAAGUCACCAUUAUUUCAGUUUGCCGAGAUAUCUUCAAGUACAUCCCACUCUGAUGCUCCUGCAAAACAAUGCCAAGCAUCCGCCUUGUUUCAGUUUGCAGAGAUUUCUUCAAACACUUCGCAGUUGGGUGGUGCUGAACCUGUAAAACGCUGUGGAAAGUCUGCACUCUUUCAACUGGCAGAGAUGUGCCUGGCAUCAGAGGGGGUAAAAAUGGAAGAAUCAAAGCUAAUAAAAGCAAAAGAAUCAGAUGGCGGACGAAUUAAAGAAUUGGAGAAGGGAAAGGAAGAAAAAGAAAUAAAAAUGGAGAAUACAGAUGAAGCCAGGUUACAGAAAGAAGCAGAAUUUGAAAAAUCAGCUAAGGAAAAUGUAAGAGAUCCUAAGGAACUAAGAAAUUUUGAGGAGCUGCGAAUGGAUAAUAUAAUGGGCAUAAAAAUGGAAGCUCCCAAAGAAAUUAAAUUAGAGGAAGAUCAAAAAUGUAGUCACUUCCCUGAUUUUUCUUACUCUGCCAGUAGCAAGAUAAUAAUAAGCGAUGUUCCCAGUAGAAAGGAUCACAUGUGCCAUCCUCAUGGAAUUAUGAUCAUUGAAGAUCCCACUGCAUUAAGCAAACCAGAAAAGCUAAAAAAGAAAAAGAAGAAAAACAAAAUGGAUCGACACGGAAAUGAUAAAUCCACACCCAAGAAGACUUGCAAAAAGAGGCAGUCCUCGGAAUCUGAUAUCGAGAGUGUCAUGUACACCAUCGAAGCUGUUGCAAAGGGAGACUGGGGCAUCGAGAAGCUUGGAGAAACCCCUCGCAAGAAGGUCCGCACAUCCUCAAGUGGCAAGGGAAGUAUUUUGGAUGCCAAGCCACCAAAGAAAAAAGUGAAAUCAAGAGAGAAGAAAAUGUCAAAGGAGAAAUCCUCAGACACCACCAAAGAGUCAAGACCUCCAGAUUUUAUCAGUAUUUCUGCCAGCAAGAACAUUUCUGGUGAGGUGCCAGAGGGUAUAAAAGCAGAACCAUUGACCCCCACGGAGGAUGCAUUACCACCCAGCCUAUCGGGACAGACCAAGCCUGAGGACAGUGACUGUCACAGAAAAAUAGAGACUUGUGGCUCCCGGAAAUCCGAGAGGUCUUGCAAAGGUGCUCUUUAUAAAACCCUGGUGUCUGAGGGCAUGCUCACCUCUCUGCGAGCUAAUGUUGACAGAGGGAAACGAAGCUCAGGAAAAGGAAACUCCUCUGAUCACGAAGGGUGUUGGAAUGAAGAAAGCUGGACAUUUAACCAGAGUGGGACCAGUGGAAGCAAGAAGUUCAAGAAGACAAAGCCAAAGGAAGACUCUCUCCUUGGCUCAACAAAGCUGGAUGAAGAAUUUGAAAAGAAAUUCAACAGCCUCCCUCAGUAUAGUCCUGUUACAUUUGACCGGAAAUGUGUACCUGUCCCAAGAAAAAAGAAGAAGACUGGAAAUAUGUCCUCAGAACCGACUAAAACCAGCAAAGGUCCUUUCCAGUCUCAGAAAAAGAACUUAUUCCACAAAAUUGUCAGCAAAUAUAAGCACAAAAAGGAGAAGCCUAAUGUUCCGGAAAAAGGAAGUGGGGAUAAAUGGUCAAACAAGCAACUCUUCUUGGAUGCCAUUCACCCUACAGAAGCCAUAUUUUCAGAAGACAAAAACACCACAGAGCCUGCUUAUAAGGUUAAAAAUGCCCCAUCCAUUCCCAACACUCCAGAGCCAACAACAACGCAAGAACCCUUGGUGGGCAGCCAAAAGAGAAAAGCAAGGAAAACCAAGAUCACACACCUUGUCAGGACAGCAGACGGCCGGGUAUCACCAGCAGGAGGCACUCUGGAUGACAAACCAAAGGAACAACUGCAAAGGCGUCUUGCGAAGGUGACUGAGACAGGCUGCAAUGACGAAUGCUCACACAACCGGGAGGCCGCGGAGACGCGGAGCAGCACCCCGGAGAUGCCGGCAGUGUCUGCGUUCUUCAGCCUUGCCGCGCUGGCCGAAGUGGCCGCCAUGGAAAAUGUGCACAGAGGUCAGAGAUCAACUCCACUCACCCACGAUGGACAGCCAAAAGAAAUGCCACAGACUCCUGUACUUAUUUCCUGCGCUGACCAGUGAAACGCCCUUUAAUUGUAAAACAUUGUGCUUUACCUACUACCCUAGCCUUGUCUUUACCGAGGGAUGCUAGUGAGUCCAUGUGGUGGAAAAUAUAGACUGCAAACAAGUGCUUGUUGCCCUACACGGCCCAGAUUCACUUGAAGCAGAAGUUGGCACCCUGGGCCAGUUUGUUCUUUUAGAACCCAGUCUUUGAGGGUGAUGUUAUCUGUCUGAUAAGAAGAAAUGGGAUGAUCCUAGAGCUUUGCUUUCUAUUGAAGGCUUUUGAUGGUAAUAGGUGGUAACUUGGUAAAAGGCUGCCUUUACUGUAGCUCAUCCAGCAUCUCUUUUACCAACCAGAGAGUGUGAAACUAGUUUCGUAUAUUACCUAGUUAUUCUUUCAAAACAAAAACAAAACAAAAAAACAAAAAAAACAAAAACUGACGCACUGCACUAGUUAUUAUUAGAUAUUCUUAGUCUUUUUUGUACAUGGAGAUUUAAGUUCUAAGAUGGUUUAUAUAAUAGGUUAUACCUACAUUUAUAUUGUAGAAUAAUAUUAAAAAGCCUGUUCCAGAGACUCCCAAGCAGCACGGGCAGGCAGAUGUACCAUUGUUAGCGGUGUAUGCUCGGCCUCGUGGUCCAUAUAUUCUGCACUUUUAUAUUUGCCACCAGAGUGGUAGUUUGCUGGCAAAAAGUGAAAGAGAGAGGGAAAAAAAUUACAAUUCUUACAAGCUGAAUUUUUUUCUUAGCCUUGAGUGACCAAGAGGAAUUUGCUUGGGGCAAAUUGUGGCAGAUAUUUUCCCAGACAGGGAAAGAGUCCUGCAGACUACAGAUUACUGAUGUUUUCAUGCCUUGAGGAUUCUUUUAUUUUUACACAGGGGUCUGAGUGACCAAUGGAUCGUUCAUAAAAACAAACAAAAAAAGAAAAA